CUGUUAACAUUCCGAUCGAACAGCAGAAAUAGUCGCGAUUAUGACUCGCUGGAUUUCUUCAAAUUUGUAAUUUACUGUUACAGAAAAAACUGUUAUUUUCAGCACGAUCUUAGGAGAACUUCGUUUUUAUAAUCGGGCACCUUGCUGUGAUUUAUUGCAACUCGGUUCUUUCGAAACGCAUUCAUUGAUCUCUGUAGCCGUUUAAAGAGUACACGAUUAUUAUGCGACGUUUAUAACAUUUGAAUAUAGUUUACAUAAGAUUAACGAAGAAUAAUCGUUCUAUUUCUCAAUUUUCGUUCCACAAUGAACGCUAAACCGUGGCUAAAAUUGUGGCUAAAAAUCGAGGCUAAAAAGCGAGAGCUCUGAAAAUCCUCUCAAACCCAUCACUACUGUUUUGUUCGCGAUGGGUUCGACGCGCGCUCGUUUGAUCAGAAUGCUACCAGUUUGCUUUGAAAAUAGAAUGUACGAUGGUUAAAAAUAAAAAAAAAAGGAACAAAACACAAAAACAGAUAAUAUUCACAAAGAAUAUAAACGAAGUAUAAAAUAAAAACGAAACGAUUCGAUCGAAUCGCGAUACAAUUCACUGUACAUCGAAUCGAGUACAAACGAUAAAGCUGAAUACAAGAAAUGCCAGGCGUGUCUCGUUCGUGGCACGUUGCCUCUCGACUCAUGACGAAUAAAUAACGUUAUAAUUCUUGCCAGAAAUUGAUCUGAGCCGUUGCACGAAACAUGACCGUCGAUAUUGUUUCCUAGACGACGGAGCCCCGCGAAAUGACAACAACCGCACUCCGCACAGCGGUAUAGAAAACAAUGGUACACCCAGUUUGCCUCGUACCAAGCAGUGCACCGAGACCUCGAUCAUUUCUACCCUUUGGACUCGUGCAUCGGCGGUGACCAGUGGUGUCCAGCGAAGAAUAUGUCCGUCGUCGAACAGUCGCCCCGCGGUCAGGAAAUCAUUGUUCCGCCGAGUUUGCCGCUGAUUUUGAAGCAGUUCUGCAAGGCUGCCAUUCGAACGCAGCCUUACGAUUUAUUGAAGUGGUCGAGCUCGUAUUUUCGAGCGUUGGCGGAGGGCGAGGAACCGCCGACGAAGCUCCGACUCGAGUAUCCACCCCCGAGCACCGCCUCCGGAUUGACGCUCGGUUUCCUCCAGAUUUUGCUCCGACAGUUCGGAGAUUACAACAAAACGUUGCCCGUCGAGACGAUACUAUGGCGAUGGGAUUGUUUGUGCUUGGACCGAAGGGAUUUGAACCUGAUCAUGAUGAUCGGGAAAUUCCGGCGACGGUGUCAAGUGAAAAAGUUCCUGGCCGUGGCCGUAGGACUUUUGGGAUCCAGCCUGUUCGAAACGAUGGUCUUGGUUUGCGAAUUGUUCACCCAUGAACCGGAAGGCGGAUCGGCCAUGGUUCCUGUUACAUUGUUUAUGGAGCUGUACGGAUACUUAGCAGGACUUCGGUGCGACGGAAGCGCGAGGAGUUCCUCGGACGACGAUCCAACGGAAUUCAUCGUGUUCAACGAGUCGACCGGAUCUGGAUCAUUGGCGAGCCAGGAUCUCAGCGAGGGCAAAUUUUUCGUGGAGCGAAUCUGCUCGGUUGCCAGCCAGGACACCGAAGCGGACGUGAAUCUGGAUUUGGAGUUGGUGUCGAAGGGGGACGCCGAAUCUUCUAGAAGUGAUAUAACGGCAAAUUUAAGCGACAGUUACACUGGCCGCAGGAAGAUGACCGACGAGAAGACGGAACAGGAGUCGUCCAGCGAAGGAACGUUGAAAGUGGAGUGCAACAAUGAGACUUCCGGCGCCGAUGUUGAAUCGAAUAAGAAGCUCCAGCUGACCGAUGAGAAAAGGUCGAACAAGAGCGGAAAUACGUCCGAGAAGGGGACAACCGGUAGCAAUACUCCGGAGGAAAAUGCCAGCAGAAGUCGAAGGAUUACGAGCGCGGACGAGAAGAAGAGAAGAAAGAGGAUCCUGGACUCGAAGCUUCUCAAAUAUUAUCCGGACAUUCCUGGCAUCGGACCUCGGCUUUCGGCCGAAGAGGUGGCCACUGUCGCAGUAUGGAUGAGCGAGUGUGCAAGAGUACAGGAAGGUAUGGUUGGUCCACGAAAUCUUCGGCAUAUGAAUUGUCCUCCUUUAGACAGGCAACAAAGCUCGAGCUCUUGACAGAGUUCAUAGUUCCGUCACUGCUGCCGAGAUUGACCAAUAUUAUAAUAUUACUCGUAUGAAAAAAGGAACGCAACCGCGGACAAACGUUUAAAAAUUGUGUUAGUUGAGAACGUAGUGGCUUCGUCACAAUUAUUUGAAGAUUUUCGACUUUCACUCGUCAUUUUAUUUCUCAUUAACACAGCAAUAUACCGAAUAUUCAAAUAUAAAAGUUAAGAUACCUUGUACAAGAGUAGCAGACUUACACAGUAUUAUUAUUAUCAUCAUCAUCAUCAUCAUCAUUAUAACUACUCUGAGCAGUGACGUAAUUCACACUUACAGAUAGUUCUUAUAUCCUAAUUGUGUAUCAUCGUGGACACGUUUCAAUUUGUAAGAGGUACAAGUACAGCUUCGUUUGGAAGUUAUUUACAUGACUUUGUAAUCAAACGAAAUACGAGUAUUGAAAUUAAAAAAAAGAAAAGAAAAGAAAAGAAAGACAUUCAGUGAACAGACACUUCCCGUUUUACUACACUUAGAAUAUUUUAAUAAGUACAAAUUUGGUAUAGAAUAAGUCUUGAACGAUUGUUUGAUCGAUUGAUUUUCUUGUUGGAUAUAUACCUACCGGAGAAGGUAGUAUUAAAUUAAAUAUUAAAUAUGAUUGUACAACGAUUAAUCGCUUAUUUAAAAUUUAUGGUCACUAGUUGUCGUUAUAUAAUAAAUUUAUAGAAAAAUCUGUGAAACCUACGCUUUCGUUUCAUAAAAAGAAAAUCAGUACCUAGUCAAUAUCACA